AUUCUUCUACUGACUACUGGUAUCGUUAUCCACAACCACAAGCGGAGUGUUUAACUAGCGAUUAUGAUGAUGACAAGGCAAUUUUCUAUCUUGAUUCACUUUUUUAUUUAAUAAUAAAUAAAUCUGUUUCUUAAAAAAAGUGAAAUAAUUAAUUUAAGUGUGGAUAAUGAUAGACAUAUCUUAUUUCCGAGGGAAAAUCAGAAGAAAAAAACCCCCUAAAAUAAGAAAAAAGUUCCGUAAAAUCUGAAAAUGGUUGUGUGAGCCACGCACCUCCUAUAAAUUUAUUAACAAUCCAGAAACAGACUGAAAAUCCUCGAUAUUAUUAUCCGCCAUUCUCAGAGCUUCAAUCGGUGGUGCUCAUCUUCUUCUUCUUUUCCUUCUCUCCUCCAUUUCUUCAUCCCGCAACCCAUCUCUCCCGCCAUGGAUCCUUACAGGCAUCGUCCUUCGAGCGCUUUCAAUUCUCCGUUCUUCACUACCAAUUCCGGCGCUCCAGUAUGGAACAACAACUCUUCGAUGACCGUUGGACCUAGAGGUCCAAUUCUUCUGGAGGAUUAUCAUCUGGUGGAGAAGUUAGCCAACUUCGACAGGGAGCGAAUUCCGGAGCGUGUUGUCCAUGCCAGGGGAGCAAGUGCAAAGGGUUUCUUUGAGGUCACCCAUGAUAUCUCUAAUCUCACUUGUGCUGAUUUCCUCCGAGCUCCUGGAGUUCAAACUCCUGUGAUCGUUAGGUUCUCCACCGUUAUCCAUGAGCGUGGCAGUCCCGAAACUCUAAGAGACCCUAGGGGUUUCGCUGUGAAGUUCUAUACCAGAGAGGGGAACUUUGAUAUGGUUGGAAACAACUUCCCAGUCUUCUUCAUCCGCGAUGGGAUGAAGUUCCCUGACAUGGUUCAUGCUCUCAAGCCAAACCCUAAGUCUCACAUUCAGGAGAACUGGAGAAUCCUCGAUUUCUUCUCCCAUCACCCUGAGAGUCUGCACAUGUUCACCUUCCUCUUUGAUGACCUCGGUGUUCCUCAAGAUUACAGACACAUGGAGGGUUCUGGUGUCAACACCUAUACCUUGGUCAGCAAGUCGGGCAAAGCCUACUAUGUCAAAUUUCACUGGAAGCCCACUUGUGGGGUGAAGUGUCUAUUGGAGGAUGAGGCGAUUAAAGUUGGUGGUGCUAAUCAUAGCCAUGCUACCCAAGAUCUUUAUGACUCGAUUGCAGCUGGAAACUACCCCGAGUGGAAGCUUUUCAUCCAGACGAUCGAUCCAGAUCAUGAGGAUAGAUUCGACUUUGACCCACUUGAUGUCACCAAGACCUGGCCAGAAGACAUCAUUCCUCUUCAGCCGGUUGGCCGCUUGGUCUUGAACAAGAACAUUGAUAACUUCUUUGCUGAGAAUGAGCAGCUUGCAUUCUGCCCUGCGCUUGUGGUUCCUGGGGUUUACUAUUCGGAUGACAAGCUGCUUCAGACAAGGGUCUUCUCCUACUCUGACACCCAGAGGCACCGUCUUGGACCAAACUAUCUGCAGCUCCCUGCUAAUGCUCCUAAGUGCGCUCAUCAUAACAAUCACCAUGAAGGUCUCAUGAACUUCAUGCAUAGGGAUGAGGAGGUGAAUUACUUCCCAUCAAGGUACGAUCCAGUUCGCCAUGCGGAGCAAUUCCCCAUUCCUCCUCAAAUGUGCACGGGCAAGCGUGAGAAGUGUGUGAUUGCGAAGGAGAACAACUUCAAGCAACCUGGGGAGAGAUACCGAUCCUGGGCACCCGACAGGCAAGAAAGAUUUAUCUGCAGAUGGAUCGACGCCCUUUCCGACCCCAGAGUCACCCAUGAAAUCCGCAGCAUCUGGAUCACAUACUGGUCACAGGCCGACAGGUCUCUCGGUCAGAAGCUAGCAAACCGUCUCAAUGUGAAGCCAAGCAUUUGAAGAAAUCGGAAGAAGAAACUCAUAGCUCGAUGUUCUUGCGACGUGUUGAAAAGAGAUGAUUCCAUUCAAGAUGGAGAGAAAUGGACGCUUCAAUUCUGUGCCCUUAAUGUUGUACUACAGUCCGUGUGUUGAAACUUGAAACCGAACUCAUAAUGUGUUUGUCUGCGACUCUGUGUUUACUGCUUAAUAAGAAGAAAACGUACCAAACAUCAAAUCAUAUGUUGUCUAAUUACUGCACAUGCAUUUCGUAUGUACCUGGCUCUUAUGAUUCUGCUCCAAAUGAGAUUCUCCUUUUUGGGCUUUGGCCCAAUUUUGCUUAGCGUCUUCUCGAGGUGGCCCAUCAUUGAUUAAUUGGUGGCUUCAUGUGCUCCAGUGUCUGUGGCAACAUAUGUUGAUGAGGUGAUGGGCUGGCUUCAAAUUGAAACGUCGGGUUCUAAUUAAUAAUUGCAGGUGGUCUGUCCCUUUGCCAAUGGGCCUAGUUCAUCAGAUUUUGAGAAUGAAAGCUGUGGCAAGUUAUCGUCACCAUUAACACGAAGGAUCGCCCAAUAAUUGGAUCUUAGGUUUGUGGGAAGAAUGCUGGAGAGGUCCCCAUGAUUGCAGAAGAAAUGCAUCAGAACCAAGGUUGUCAAACCGGUUUAUACCGUUGUGCCGGUUUAGCAAGUGGAAUGGUACGACCGGUGGUAUAAUCAGUUUGUGCCGGUUCAUGUCGGUUUAAAAGAAUGUGAAAAUAUUAAUAUCCAAUGUAUUUAAUCAUAUAUAAAAACAUAUUUGUGAACAAUUUUAUUACAAUUCAACAAAAUAUCAUCAAAUUUUAACUAUUAAAUUCAUAAAUGAAUAAUAAAUUAAUUUUUAUUAAUUAAAUUCAUUAAAUUAAUGCAUUUUGCUUAGAACGCGUAAGUCGAUCAUAUCAGUCAUACCAGUUUUAUGACCGAUACAGGUUGAACUAGGUUCAACAAGGUGGCAUAACAACCAUGAUCAGAACCAUGAGAUUCCCUAUCGGAUGAGAUUGAUAGUUGAAGUUAAUGGAAAUAGGGAUUACAUCGGGCUCGGAAGUAUUUUUCAAAUUUAAUUUAUUUUGUUAAAAAAAACAUAGCUAUUGUCGAGCUUUUUUAAAGCGACGAUGUUUCUUUUCCCGUUAGUUUUCUUAACAAUGUCGAGCUUUUUUUUUUUUUUUUUUUGUGUUGGGCAAUGAGCGAUUGCCGUGCGUAUGCUGCCUUCAAUUGUGUGUAAUUUUCAAAUUGUAAAAUUGUGCACACGCUAGAGUUGAAGUUAAUGGACUUACAAUGGAUCAGGGUUGACAGGAUUAUUUCAAAUUAUAGUUGAUUUUUUUUAAAAAAAAAUAUAGCUAUUGGGUUUUGUGAGAAUAAUUCAACCCAAUCCCGUGGCUAUUUAGAGGUUUAUAGAUAUCUAUGGUUGACAAAUAUAAUCACUGAGUAAUUUCUCUAAACACUCACAUCCUUAUAUUAUCCAUUUUUCUAUAAUUAUAUUGUUAUAAAGACUAAUUGCAUCAAGAAUUAUUCAUAUCAUUAGAGCUAUAUUGUCAAAAAGACUAAUGGCAUUCAUAAAUUAUGUAUAUGGUUGGAGUAUGCAAAAUGUUGUCGUUUUCUUUACAAGUGGUUCAAGUGGAAAGUGAACCAGUUUUUGGUCAAAACCGUACCAAAUCCAACCGGACAUUUCUAAAACGGGAUUUUCCCAAUGUUAUGUUAGUUCGGAAUGUUGUAUGUUAGCAAGAGACCAUAUUUGUAGAAACGACAAUUAUGCGAUUGAUUUUUUUGUUUAUAGAGGCAUGAUCUUUCUCGAUAUUCAAGAGGUGCAAGCCUUCUCCAAAUAUGUUGUAGCGUAUGUUAACUCGUGAUAGAUAUACUCUGAGAAUCAAUCUAAGAAAGCAUCAAAUCAGCC